UGAGAAUGAGGUGAAUGUAGUUAGCACAAAUGUCGUAAAAACCACUCUUUAUUUCUCACUGUAUUUCACAAAAAACCUUGUUGUGUUUGCUAAAAAUAGAAAAAAAAAACCUAUCAUAAAACCUAUCCUUUAUUACUCUCCUCCAUUACAUAUACACUUUCACACUUCCACUCAACUCUCUCCACCACCAACACAAACACCAAACCCGAAGUAGCAAUGAUGAUGAAUGAGGUAGAAGGAAAGAAAGUUGUGGUUCAGAAUACCAAGGCGUGUGCUUUCAUGGCAGGUGUUGAAUCUCGUCAAGUUGAGUUCGUUAACGUAACCAAAAACACUGUGAACAGAUCGGCUCUUCAUCGUCCUUUCCGUGGUGAUACUUUUGUUGCUGCUGCAUUUGGAACUGUUCACAGGAGGAAAAGGAUGGCAAGACAGAGAAGAUCUUCAUCUUCUUCAUCUUCUUCUUCCACCAUGAACAUCAAUCUCAGAAACCGUCCAUCCAAUCCUCCUCCUCCUCCUCCUACUGCUUCUACUACCACCACCAUCUCGCACGUGCCACUACCUCCCAUUCCUCCACUUUUUACCAAACCCCCUCCUGCACAAGUUGAAAUUGAUCAAAAGAGGCUGAGGUUCCUUUUCCAAAAAGAGCUGAAGAACAGUGAUGUUAGCUCCCUUAGGAGAAUGGUUUUGCCAAAGAAAGCGGCAGAGGCUUUCCUUCCUGCUCUUGACUCAAAGGAAGGAAUCCUUAUCAACAUGGAUGAUAUCGAUGGUAUUCAUGUAUGGUGCUUCAAGUACAGGUAUUGGCCAAACAAUAACAGUAGGAUGUAUGUGCUUGAAAACACUGGAGACUUUGUUAACAUGCAUCGUCUACGCCUUGGAGAUACCAUUGUGGUUUAUCAGGAUAAUCAGAGUCACAAUUAUGUAAUUCAGGCAAAAAAAGCUCUUGGUCGUGAUCGUGAUGAAGAUAAGUAUAUUGAGAGAACUCACACAACCAAUGAUAUAUUUCUUAAUGAUUUUAAGAUGAACACGAAUUUCUUCGAUGUUGCCUAUCCUGCCUAUCCUGAAGUAACCUAUCCCUAUCCUGAAAUCAAUGACACCAUGAAUGAUACCAUGAAAGAUAAAGAUAACGGGAUGUCAUUUAUAUAUGACACAACAGUUUCAAAUGACUCUCCAUUUGAUUUUUUGGGUGGAUCCAUGACAAAUUACCCAAAGAUGGGAUCAUUUGAAUCUUUUGCCUCGGUUGAGAAUCUGUCACUUGAUGACUUCUACUGAGGUCAGUACUACAUAUGAAGGGGCCUAACAUAGUACCAAGACACUAAGAAGGUGAUGUUUUCUCUAUUUUGGUACAAUAAAUAAACAUGAAAGUGUGUCUUUUGGAUCUUUUUGUUGUUUUUAUGAUAAUGUUAAUGAGAGGAUUUAUGUAGAAUAAAUGAGUAGUCAAGGACAUGUGUGUUUGCUCCUCUCUGUUAAACAAGGUUUAGACUACUCUAUAAUGUAUUAUUAUUUAUAACUUUUGGUGGAUAUUUUCUACACUAUUAUGAAGUGUUUCAUCAUCGUUAAAUUAAUCAUAUGCUAUAUUAGUAAA